AUGGAAAAGGGAAAGUGUAAGCCGCCAGUGGAGGGCAUUAACGGAUUGCGACGGACACCCGGCUCAACUCAGCAAGCAACCCGAUUGGAGCCGAGCGGAGGGGCCGCACCGGAGGCCUCCAGCAGAGGGCGCGACUCCCGCCGCGGUGCCUUCGGUGAGGUUCGGGCCCUCGGGCCGGGGCCUGGCGUGGCGGGGGCUGUGGGGAGGCGUGGACCCGGAGAGAACCCAGAACCGACCCUGGCGUCCGGAACAUUUGGCAACCGGCGGGUUGAACCCUCGCGAUCGCAUUCCCUCUACUCCCCUGUCCACCAAGGAUUUCCGUUAAUGGGUGGAGAGGGGGAUAAAAUUAAGGACCAGGACCUGAAUUAUCUCUGCUUUCUAGGAGACAAAGCUUUUGUUGAAUUUCUUGCUGAUGAAAUUAAAGAAGAAAAAAAAAUCCAGAAGCAUAAGUCCCUUCCCAAGAUGUCUGGAGGCUGGGAGCUGGAAGUGAACGGGACAGAAGCUAAAUUAGUGCGGAAAGUUGCUGGGGAAAAAAUCACUGUCACUUUCAACAUUAACAACAGCAUCCCACCAACGUUAGAUAUUGAGGAGGAGACCUCACAGGGGCAGAAGAGUGAAGAACAGGAGCCUGAACUGACAUCAACUCCCAAUUUUGUGGUAGAAGUUACAAAGAGUGAUGGCAAGAAGGCCCUUGUACUGGACUGUCACUAUUCAGAGGAUGAGGUUGGAGAAGAGGAGGCGGAGGCUGAGAGUGACAUUUUUUCCAUCAAGGAAGUUAGCUUUCAGGCCACAGGAGAGUCUGAAUGGAAGGACACUAACUACACACUUAACACAGAUUCCCUGGACUGGGCCUUGUAUGAUCACCUAAUGGAUUUCCUGGCUGACCGGGGAGUGGACAACAGGUUUGCAGAUGAGCUGGUGGAGCUCAGCACAGCCCUGGAGCAUCAGGAGUACAUUACUUUUCUUGAAGACCUCAAAAGCUUUAUCAAGAGCCAAUAGAGUAGUCAGAGACACUGAAGGCCUUGAUUUUAUGGCAGACUUUGGUCAGGGAGUAACCUACCCUGGCACCAGUUGCCCGUACUUUCCGGUGGUUAUCAUCCUAACAUCAUGGAGGGAAAAAUAGCAAAUUUAAAUUAUUGCUGUUGCGCUCAAAGAUUUUAUUUCUAGGGUUUUGGUUUUUUUGU